CACCUUUUGGACGACACAAACAUGGAAAAUUCUUGUACACAAAAUAAAGCAACCUGUUAUGAGCUUUUCCCUCUGGAACUACCCACACUGGACACAGCUCCAUCACUCGAGGCAGAACUACGGAAAGGUACGAAGGAGCGGCUGGCUAGCAGAAAAUUUGUGGCACAACAAAGAAGGUCCGAAAAACGGCGUGAUGUGCCUAGUGUUUGCAAAUUAGUAUAUCCUAGUCCACCAAAGUAUCAAAAAUGUCAACACAGUGGCAAUUUCAUCCUGGAUCGUGAGGUGUUAAAUCCGUCGGAUCACAUAGCUUUUAUCGCAAGCCCUAAAGAAUUCAUACACCGAAAGAAACCUUACUACGUCAAUCAUAAGCUCUCAUCGGCAACGAAUCGUAUAAAAACGUUAGCUAGACCUGGCGCAACUCACGUGAAGACCACGCUAGAAAGAUAUUCGACACAACUUUCGCCGAAACAAAAACAACAUUUACAGAGCCUCUUGGAACCGAAACCGUUUGUUACCAUCAAGGAAUCGAUGGGGUAUGCAAAGCAGCAACAUUCUGAUGAAGCUAUGUGGCAACGGCAUAUGGCUAAACAGGAGCGAAAGUUACUUCACAAGAUCCACCAUUGGGAAAUUGAGCUUCUCAGGAUUGUAAUGGAUAGACUAUCCAAACAGCUAAGAGAUUACUAUCUAACUCCCAGCGAACCAUCGUUAACAGAAGAGGCAGUACGAAUUUCACGAGAAAUUCUACGCUAUAUUUGUCGCUUUUUAGACAUAACGAUUCCUCGCGUCGACGAACAAGAAAACGUAAAAGAUAAUGAUGUUAUCAACGACUUCUACGUAGAAUUGUCCAAGAAAAUUGGAUACUGGGUAUGGAAAAUGAUGGAGCAAACCGGAAUAACGUUUGAUAAGCAAAAAUCUUUUUCGUACGUAAGAAAAUCGGAAUCUUUCGUAUCCGUCAACUCAAGUGUCUUCCAACUGGAUUUCCCAACGACUGGUGAUGAGGGUGCUGCGCCCAAGUUAGAACCACUAAGUAUACUUUCAUUGGAAAUUAUUUACGACUGUCUGGAUGAAGCAGUCUUUGCAGUGGAAAGGGGAAUUGGUGAAAGCCGCAAAAGUAUGUACAUAGAAAAUGAGGAAACGUCCCAGCCAGUUGAAAACUUAGAAGAAUCCGAAACGGACGCUAACAACGAUAACAUUAUAGAUGAAGUUGAAGAAGAACAAGUAACGGUAAUCGAAAAUAUUCCGAAUGAAGAAACGGAUGAAAAUGAACAAGAUAACAUCCGAAGUGCAGACCAAACGAUAGAUGAAAUUGAAGAGAAUCAAGUAGCAGCGGUCGAAAAAAACCCGAAUGAAGAAACGGAUGAAAGUGGACAGAAGGAAGAGAAACCGCAACAAACGUAG